UGUAGAACACGAUUCGCUCAUCAAUGAAAGUAAAUCGAUUUGUGUACACCAACUGCCGUAACUGAAAACAAAGUGGUCUGUGGUUUUAUGAAGAAGAAAAAACAAACAAACACCAUACAUCACAGAUGACAGGGUUUCCGACAAGGUGAUCAAGGACGUCCCAGGGGGCCAAGGUGUUGCAGAAUCACGUCAAACAUGAACGAGUAUUCAGAAUCAAUGCUGACGACAGUACGGAAACAUUACCAUGGCCUGUGACAAAAAUGCAAACAUCGUUUAUCAUUGAUUCUGAUUAAUAGACACAAAAUCAAUACCUUUGUUUGCGUGAAAUGGCCUGUUGGACAGACAAAGGCAGUUCCUUCUUGUACAUGCGGCCACGGUUCCACAUAUAACGUUGGCCACAAGGACAGGUAUAAUGUGAUGGGGUAUUCAUUGGUAGGCUGUUUUUUCUCACGGUUUUGUUUUCUUGGAGUUUUCUCAAUACGGAGUUUAUCAAAGGUGCGUCGAUCGAUUUCGGUUUGUGUGUAUCAGUGAUUCAGAGGCUGCGGAUACUGAUUCCACAGAACGGUUUGGGAUAGAUGGUAACAAGUGUUGGUUGCUCUGGAUUUGUCUUUUGAAGAUCCUUGGAGUGUAUGGAGUACUUGAAUGUUCGUAGCCAAAUAAGCGAAGGGAAGAGGCAAGAACAGGGAGACCUCGCGUAACCCGGAUAGAGGUAAUGCACGGAACGCCCCUCCUUCAAAAGCUGAGAAGGGAAACAUGAACAACGAAGAACGUGAUUCAAACAGAAUGGGCGAACGUUACAAGUCAGGUCGAAGAGGAUCAAACUCCCCACCUCACGGGUCGAGUAAGGAGCCUACGAAACAGGGGAGACAAUCCGAAAAAUAUGAUAAUGACGAAGAUGACGAUUCGCCAGAAAGGGACUCGUCACCAACGAGUAAAGAGAGGCAGGCUGACCGGGCUAAGGACAAGAGCAAGAGGAGUCGAGGACGAUGGAAGGACGCAGGAGAUGACCAGUUGCGGAAGGACAGGAGGAGGGCUCGCCAGGACCGGAUGGUAAAGGUCAUGGAGCUGUUUGAGGACAGCCUCAUCGUGGACAAAGUGGCCCUGAAAGACCGACCACGUCAUAUUGAGAGUGUGAUAGAACGUCUGGAGGAACUGAAGAGAGCCUAUGCCGAGAAGGUGAAGCAGGAGGUAACAGCCUAUUGGGCGAAGAUCACAGAAGAGGGCAGAGCGAGCAGAAAGAGCGGAGCCAGCAGAGAAGCGUCGGCCAAUGAAAGGCCGGCCAAUGAGAGACCGGCCAAUGAAAGACCGGCCUCAGUCGUCAAACUUGACCAGCCUGACAACCAGCGUGAACAAAGAGAUAAUAGAACGGUUGACCCUCCCCGGACACGACCGAGGGGAGCCAACAGUGGUCAGAUGUUUAGGAGGGACAAGAGUCGAAUCAUGAGCGGGGAGAUGACCCAAAGAGGCAAAAGGGUGGCUUCCCCCGAAGACUCCAGGGAGAAGGAUGACGCGAGGGACAGCCCCAAGCCGAACUCACACCCUCGUGCUGUGAAUAGUGGUGAACAUCACAACCGAGGCAAGAAUAGGGUCAACAGUGGUGAUACGGCUUAUAGAUCCUAGUACUCAUCUUCAUCUUUUUAUUUUUUUCACGUUUUAUUGUCCUUCAGCGAAAUGUGGUAAUUCAGGAUUGACUGUGGAUUUUUUCGAUUCAUUGAGGUGCAAACUGUAUGAAUCCGCGUAGUGGAUAAUGAAUGUGCAUGCAUUUCGCUUAAUGUCCUGUACAUGACGAUAAUGUGAAUUCCCUCGACUGUAGUACUGGGACACCCGACAUUCCGUAGUAAUAAAAGUGGUCCGCCUCGGUGGGCGUGGCUUAAUUUUUUACAUUCAUUGAGAAAUGAAUGCAAAAACACGUGAUCAGCUAAUCAGAAUGCAGUUAUUAAAAUGAACACAGCGAAAAUGUAAUUAUAUUCGUUUUGACAGUCAACUAGUGAACAGAUUAUGGCUGCUGAGUCACGUGACAGUCGUGCAUGAAACUAAAUUUAGUUCCAAUAUGGAAUCUGCCAGUGGCGGCCGAGGUGCAACGGGAAUGUGUUCAUAGAAAUCUUUAGACGACCCAAUUAUGAAUUAUUAGCAAAACAUUGUUACAUGGAUAUUUGGUGUUAUUAUUUUGAUAGAAUACACGAGUAUACAAACCAAUAUCCAUCCCCUGUCGGUGACGGUGACAGCAUAAACACAUAUUUACUGGGUUUAAAUAUAUUUCUGUUGUAAAUUUAAUAAUGCAUCAAAAUGCAUUCACAAACAGUUUCACAAAAGAAUAUUUACACACUAUUCAUUAAAUCAAUAGUGAAUAUUUAUGACGAAAACACACAUAAAUAUUACAAGUAAGUACUAAGGUACUUCCAAAGAAAAGAAAAUAAAACCAGAAAAAAAUA